AUGCAGGACAUCAAAACUGCUCUCGUGCUGGUCACGACUCUACUCGCUUCCCUAGCUCACGCACAUAGCUGGGUCGAAGCUCUAUCUCUGCUCUCCCCCAACGGCAGCUUCACAGGCAACACCGGGUAUCCACGAGGCAUGAUCCUACGCUCCGACCCAGCAUUCGUUGAUACGAAUAUAGUGUGGCAACUGCCCGCCGCCCCAGCAAACCAACUUUCAAACAGCAUGACCGUAUGCAAACCGUCACAACAAACCUCCAACUACCCCGACAGCAGUCUCCCAAAACUACAAGCAUAUCCAGGCGCAAACAUCGCUUUAAGGUAUCAAGAAAACGGACAUGUCACCACGCCGUGGUCCAAGCCUGGGAAGCCUGUGAACAGUGGUAUCGUGUAUGUAUACGGCACAUCCCAGCCCAAAGAGGACGACACUCUGCUCGGUAUCCACGGGCAAUGGACACUAGAUGGUAAAGGAGGCGAUGGACGAGGCCGUUUAUUAACAAGUCAAUACUUUGAUGACGGCCAAUGCUACCAGAUAAACCUCGGGUACAUAUCUGAGCAGCGACAAACACAGUUCCAGCGUGUAGCGGAGGCUGGUUCCUUUGAAGGCGCGAAUCUGUGGUGUCAGACCGACGUCCGGCUGCCAGAUAAUCUGGAUGCGGGCAAAGAUUAUACCUUGUAUUGGGUUUGGGAUUGGUCUACGAUGGAUGACAACGGCAAGGUCACUCUACCAGAACUCUACACAACAUGCAUGGAUGUUACGAUUGCGGACACCAAAAAGGUCGGAGAUACAGGUGCCGUUGUUCCUGAUGGCGACAGCAAAAGCGUGCCUUUUGUGUCCAUCACGAAUUAUGGCGAGGCUGCUAUACAGACUGUCUUUGAGAGCCUAGCUGCUACGAUGACUGUGCCUCCUGUGUCAGCUAUUGUGCCAGUCAAUAUUACUGCUUCUGUCUCCUAUUCUGUUGCUGCUAGCAUGUUCGCCCACGGGGUUUCUCCUUCUGCCGCUGCCGCUGCCGGUGCUUCUUCUGCUGCUGCAUAUCUAGCUACCAUGGUCCUGACUCCUACCGGUAGUAGUACUAUGCCCGCGGGUGCCGCUGCGACCGCUGCUGCUGUUACAUCUGCCCCUCCUGCUACCAAUGCAGCUUCUGUGCCACCGACAAAUCCCCCACGAUCAGCUGCUCGCGGAGGCGGCGGUGGGUGUAGCGUCGAGACAGUGACCGUGACAAUAACCACAACAGUUCCGUCUCAACCACAAGUUCGGUCGACUGGAUUGUUGGCUCGACGAAGAAUUCUCGCUUUAGAUGACGACGACGAUGAGGAUUUCGAUUCUUGA